GUGGAUAUGGCGCUAAAACGACGGUUUAGCGCCAUAUCCAUGAGAAACUACAAUAGGAUGGCCGUUCUCAGUCUUCUCUCUGCUAAAGAAAAACAAAAUCAAUUUACUCAAGCGCACCAGGAAGUUUUCAUGUUACAAAUCAGAUAAAUUAUAUAUACAAAUGUAGCACGUAGCACGAUUUAUAGCAUAAAAAAAGGCGUGUUCGCCAAUCGCGGUGUGUUAAAUUACCGCCAAUUGAUCGGCGCUGAUAUCGAUAUAUACGUAUCGAUGAUCUCAUCUUCCCCUCGCGGCAGACUCCGAGUUCCGACAGGCUGUAGUGAGUGUGCUUUUUUCAAACAUGGAGAGGUUACUUUUUUGAGAGAGUACUAUGUGGAACUUGGGCAACCGCGCUUCCGUGGUGCUAAUAAGUUUGACUUUUGGAUGCGUGCUAGUCUACAACGCUUGGGGGGCUAUCCUGGCGCUAGCGGUCACUUUGCUCGUAGUAGUAUAUGUGUCCUAUUCUCUACUUAUAAACGACAGCGUGGUGUCACCGCACGCAUAUCACUUAGUCGGUUAUUUGCAAGAAGCGAUCCACGAAAUCAGCACAGCGUUACGCACCGCUCACGGAUACGGUAUUGGACAAGUGCGUAUGCUCUGGCGUAACGCGAACCGUUAUUAUCGCGAACAUUUCUCACUCCGAAUGGAUAGGCGACGCAGUUAUCAGCUCAGCAGCGAUUCAUAUGCUGCUGUCAGUGCAGCUGUCAAGCGCAGAGAUUCGUCGUCGUCGUCAACAUCUUCGACGAUGAGCACCAGGUUUGGCCUGUUGGAUCAAUUUAGUCCAAUUCCGCGCGUUUCAAAUCAUCGACGUUUACGUGCCAGUGACAUACUCAUGACAGAUGAGAGAUUCCAUCAUGCCAGUGAUUACGAGCAUUUGUCACAUCAAAAAUAUCCGGCUAUCAGCAAGCAUUGUACUUCCACACCAGUAAAAUCAGGAAACAAGGAGGAAGAUAUCAGAAAUGGAGAAGCUAAUCAAACAUCACAGUCAUAUAAAAUAUCUCCUAGGAAAUUCUCUACUACAUAUUCACAAAAUCAUAUGUUAAACCAUGGUGAGAAUUGUACACAAUUUAGUUUAGAAGGAUCUCCAUGGAGCACUAAUAGCGGUUCUAAGACACGUCCUAGACCAGGAGGUGUAAAAACAGUACAGACAGUUGCAGGACCGUUGUUAGCAUCAACAAGAUAUAAUAUUGAUCCAAAGGUAUAUACAGAUGUAUCAUCACCAGGACUUACAACAAGAUUAACAAAGUAUGCCACUGAUGCAAAGAGUAAACUGAACUAUCAAUCUCAAUAUGGCACUGGACAAUUUCCAAAAGUUAAUCUUCAAGCCAAUCCAAUUCCUUUGUUGAAUCCAAAAAUGGGAAAAAUAAGAAUGCCAGUGACAGUCAGAGUAGCACCGCCAGAUUUGGCAAAAUACUCUUCUCCAGAAAGACAAAAGAUUCUGACUAAUAUUUGUCACAUAGAAAACAAAUCGCCUACAAGUGUUGUCCAAGUUUUAAAAGAAAUAUCACUUAAACGAACAUGGACAUCAACAGAAGAUGUUAGUUUUGAUGUUGCUAAGAAACAGAAAACAGACAGUUUCUUUAGCGACAGAAGGGAGACAAUUCUGGAAGAAAAUAAGCAAAAGCGAAGUAGAGAUGACUCUAAGUCAGAUGAGGAUCUUUCUCCUCAAAAUAAGUCUGUCAGACCUGCAAAACGUACGAAAACACGAUCCUGUUAUGAUAUUUUGAACUCGCUGAGUUCUAGCAUUCGUGGCGAUGUUAUUACUACUGGAAUUAAAAGAAAAGCGGUUGAUUUUUCGCGUAGUGGGACACCAGACUUUGAAAAACACUUCAAAUCUGUAGAAAACGCACAGUGUAAUAAUUCUUCUAUACUACAAUCUCAAAACUUAGACACAAAUCGUAAUAAAUCCGAAGUCGAAGAAAUAUAUUCAAGACCUUUCGUAGUUUCACUUGCUUCUAAAAAGAUGGACUUUCCCGUAGUAAAAGGAAUACUAAAGCCAUCUAAUGUAAAAUUAAGAAUUAACACAAAAAAAGCGUCAUCUAUGGUCGACAAAACCGCAAAAAAUAUGGUCGAAACUAAUAAUGCUGAAACUAUUGUGUCAACGAAAUCUGUCCCAUUGACAGACAAACUAUUUAUGAGAGCUGAACCUAAACGAAAUGAACGAUUGAAGGAACUUGUAGAGGAACCAGGUAAUAUAAAGAUCAAGUUCACCAAGGACAAUGUAGAAGAAAUCAAGAGAGAAGAUCUACGAAAUAUGAGACAGACUAAUAUGAAGGCAAGACUUCAAAGUAUGUUUGAUGCGAUAUCAGGCAAAGCAGAGAAAUCGAUCAAUCCUCAUGUUGUGAUUCAAGCAGACGACGUUACUGUGAUUACGCCACCGGUUACAUGCUUCGUGCCGGUCACUUGUGUAACUCUCAAUUCUUCAACAACUACGACCAACGUUAAUACCACUCCAAUUUCCACCGCAGCCAUUAUACCGAGUGGUCUUUUCUCGACAAGACCUGAUACAAAAACUGAUGCGAAACAAACCAUAGCUUUUAGCUUAUCAAACUCCACAUCACCGAUGCAACCAAACACAUCAGUUAUGAGUACUAUUAAGAUAAAGGAAGGGGCCUUGGCUGCAAAGACUGUUGUCACAAUUGAUCAAACUAAAGUCGUAUCGACUACAAUCGCAUCUACAAUCGCAAAACCAGAGCCACAAAAAAUUACUUCUUCAAGUACUCCAAGUCCCAUAUCGACCUUUACUUUUGGUAAAACGACUACAGAAGUAACAUCGACCAAUUCAUUGCCGAACUUUAGCACUACUACAUGUAUUAGUAGCACUUCCGCAGCAAUCCCUACCAUAUCGACUGUACCAACGUCUACUGAUCUUUUAACGACUGAUAAAAUACCAUUAAGCUCGACAUUCACAUCUGUACCUCCCAGAAUUACAUCAAGUGAAAAAAUUGAGACGAGUAACAUUGUUGCGACAAGUGCAACCGCAAGUUCAUCUAUCACGAUAAAUACUCAAGCCAAUUCUACUUUUACUUUUGGUGGUAGCAAACUUUCUUUAUCUCCCGCAACAUCUGCUCAAACUUCAGCUUCGAGUGUAACGUUUCAAACUACCAGACCGACAUCAUUAAUAGUCAAUACAACUGUCGCUACUAACAUCGCCGGAUUUAACAACUCUGCAAGUAAUACGUCAGAUAGCAUCGCAACGACAACGUCCGCUACCACAUCUUUAUUUAGUUUCGGGAGCAACAGCACCACGUCACACCUACCGAAGUCGAAUAUGCUCACAUUCGGGCAGUCUAGUAAUAACACUCAAUCGGAAACAAACGCUUUCGGUAGCGUACAUAGCAGUAAGACAUCAAAUUUGCAGAUUAAAUCCUUUGAUUUCAAACCAAAUACUUCAGUAUCGAACACUACAAAUAGUUCGUUUAUUGCAGACUGUACAACCACCACAACAUCAGCAACUUUCAAAUUACCAAAUGUAUCCACUUUCCCAGUGAGCACAUCUUCUACUCCUUCGACAUCUACUUUAUCCACCAACAAUCCUCUGUUUGUUUUUGGAGCUUCUACCACUUCAAGUAUUACUUCUGCAGCUGCAAUUCUACCGGCUGCAGUUAGUACUAGUGGUACAACUGAUAAUUUUAAAACAAUAAAUAAUUCAGUUCCUAUAUUUGGAGCAACUACAACCACUAUGCCACAAUUUGGUGCAUCUACAACUACCGCAUCACAGUUUAGCACAUCUACCACAUCUAUUUUCGUUACUACAUCGACUACAACAAGUACAACAACUACAUGCAUUUUUGGUAUGACCAAUAAUAGUCAGCCACUUUUCGGAGUUGCAUCAAUGACAUCUCCAACAACUACGAGUUUAUUUACCAAUCCGAAUACUACAACACCUUCGAUAUUUACUUCAACGACCAACGCUGUAUCUUCGUUGAACAAUACGGCUAGUUCCAGUUUAUUCUCCAACGUUAACGCUAGUUCAACUUCAACAACGACGGCACCCUCUUUGCUAUUUGGUAGCAGCUCGCUGAUUUUCGGACAGACAAAACCCUCUACGUCUUUUGGAAGUGCUAGUACGACGGGCGGUAUAUUUGGCAGCACGACGACAUCGUUGUUCAGCUCGACUACACAAACUACAACUGCAUCUACAUUUGGCAUCACUGCAAACGUUUCCACUAGUACUGUCACUCCUGGUUUUAAUACUACGACGCCCGCAUUCGGUUCGCCGAGUAUAAACACGGUGACGAAUGCACAGACUACGCCGGCUUUCGGCGGUACAAGCAGUAUAUUUGGUUCAACUGAUAAUAAUGCAUCGUCAGGUCCCGUUUUUUCAGCAUUCGGGACGUCCUCCUCAACAAAUACCUUUGGUACACCACAAAGUCCUGCGACUCUUACAUUCGGAAGUGGCACUUCAAGUAGCGAUACUAUGUUCGGUGAUAAUAAAUUGCCGUUUGAAGCAGCGCCGACGACUACGACGGGUUUUGGUGCAUCUAAUUCGUCCAUUACUGCCUUUGGAGUCAGUAACACUAAUAAUAAUAAUAACACGAAUAGCAUGUUUGUCUUUGGCAGCAAUCAAAAGGAGGGACAACAAAACACGUCGUUUUCUUUUGGAUCAAACUUUAAUGGAAACAACAAUUCUACAGCUUCGUCGUCCGUUCCAUUUCAGUUUGGAUCAACAUCUUCCAAACCAGCAUCAACAGGAUUUAAUUUCACCGCACCAUCGGUGACUCCUGCUCUUAACUUCGGAACGUCAAGCACACCGACUUUCAAUCCUUCGACACCUGGCAUGUUCAGUAUUGGAAGUGGAUCUACCGCACCGCGAUCAAGGACAGCUCGCACACGGAAACCAAGAUGAUGGAGAAUGUAAAUGCCGCACGUUUAAGUGCAUACAUAUUUCCACUGAAAUAUAUUCGAAGUAUUUCUCCAAUAAAUAAUAGAAUAAUUUUCUUUAUUAUCGUAUUUCAGGAGAUAAAUUUAGAAUCUAGACCAAAAAAAGUUAUAUGCUAUGUUGCAGUUGUGUAUUAUAACAAAAGAUGGGCACGUCUUUUAAUUUACUAUAACUUUUGGAAAAAGUCUAAAAUUGUUUUGGAUGUUUGUACAUUUUUCUUAUGUUAGAUUAUCCUGACGUCUAGAUAUAUAAUUAAAAACUCACACUUUUUCACGUAUGUUCAUCAUCGUAUAUUUAGCAUAUUUGGUCAAUAAAACUCAAAUGACAGAUUAUUGUGAAAAUGAAUAAUAAACAUUUUGAUAUUACGUGUUAAAACAUGUUCAGUAACAGUUACUAAGCAUCUAUAUUUUGUGUAGUGUGUGUGCGUGUAUGUAUGUGUAUACACACACAGAGGUUAUUUCGGAUUUUAACCAGGAUUUGUCAAUAUGUUUUAUCGAGAUAAAAAUAAAACAAAUGUAUGUAAACAUUGGUGCACAUAUUUAGGGAGUUAUAACAAAAAUUAAAAUGUUUGAAACGAGACUGAACAAGUGCGUAACAGUGAUGUUGCACGAAAAUUAUUCUUAAGAUGGAGUUUUAUCUGUAGAUAAUAUUGAUAAAAAGUUUAUAAAAUAAAGAAUAAAAUAUGUAUGAUUCAUUAAUGUAAAAAAUAAUUACUACAUUUGCCAAAAUAUAUAAUAAAAUUACAAAAUAACAGUUUUCAUACAGUAUUGAAUUCGAUAUAUUCACGAUGUUAAUUUUGCAUUGACAAGAACAUUCGACAUUUUAGAAUGUAAUAUUGUAUCAUCUUUUCUUAUUUUUGUUAUAAGCAACUUUUGAAUAAAGCUUCCAUGCACCUUUGUCUAUAUAUUGUUUUUUUUUACUUUUAUCUAUAUACUAUGUAUUGACAAAAUUUGUCUGCUAAAA